UUUGAAACUGAAACAGGCCAAAGACCGACACACAUUUUUCCUUCCCCUUCUCUCCAAGCUCUUCUGUUUCUUUCCCUUCUGCUCAGUUCAAAUUUCAAAUGCUGCUCUUUCUUUCCCUUCUCUUUCUUUCCUUUCCUCUCUCUGCACUUUCCCUCAACCAAGAAGGUCUCUUCCUCCAGCGAGUCAAACUCGGACUCUUCGAUCCAACUCGCGCGCUCUCUAACUGGAACGAACGAGACGAAACUCCAUGUAACUGGGUCGGCAUCACAUGCGACAAGGAAACUCGCCGAGUCGACUCUGUCGACCUUUCUGACUCAUUUCUCUCCGGUCCUUUUCCCACCUUCCUUUGCCGCCUCCCUUCUGUCACCUUCAUCUCUCUUUACAACAAUUCUAUCAACUCGUCCCUGCCCGUUGAUUUCUCCCCGUGUAGGAAUCUCGAGUACUUGGACUUGGGCCAGAAUCUUUUAGUGGGCUCCAUCUCGGAAUCUCUCGCUGACUUGCCGAAUCUCCGGUACCUGAGCUUGGCGGGAAACAAUUUAACUGGUGAGAUUCCGGUGAAAUUUGGGGAGUUCCGGCGGCUUAAGACGCUAUUGCUCGCCGGAAAUUUCCUUAAUGGAACUAUACCCAGUGAGCUCAGUAACAUCUCGACUCUGGAAAAUCUCUUAAUCGCUUAUAACCCCUUCACACCGAGUCCAUUGCCGAUUCGACUCGCCAACUUAACGAAUCUUAAAGCGCUCUGGCUCGCUGACUGUAAGCUUAUUGGUCCCAUUCCAGCAAUUCUGGGCCAUUUAACUCGGUUGGAAAACUUGGAUUUGUCUCAGAAUAGCCUCACUGGGUCAAUACCAACUUUGCUCACCAAGCUCAAGAGUGUAGUCCAAAUUGAGCUCUACAACAACUCAUUAUCAGGCAUGCUACCAGUAGGAUUUUCAAACUUGACGAAGCUGAGAAGAUUUGAUGCUUCGAUGAAUGAGUUAACUGGGACGAUUCCAAAUGAGUUGUGCCAGUUGGAGCUCGAGUCACUGAAUUUGUUCGAGAACAGUCUCGAAGGCACUUUACCAGACAGUAUAGCCAAGUCUCCCAAUUUAUACGAGCUCAAAUUGUUCAAUAACAAGCUAACAGGUCAAUUACCGAGUGAACUCGGCCAGAACUCUCUGUUGAAAUCGCUUGAUGUGUCAUACAAUGGAUUUUCUGGUGAAAUACCGAAUAACUUGUGUGCAAAGGGAGAAUUAGAAGACAUCAUUUUGAUAUACAAUUCAUUUUCCGGGAAAAUCCCAGAAAGUCUAGGGAAAUGCCACAGUUUAGGCCGUGCUCGGUUAAGGAACAAUCAACUUUCUGGGACAGUUCCAGAAGAGUUUUGGGGACUUCCAAGGGUAUAUUUGGUCGAGCUUGUAGGGAACUCGUUAUCUGGGCAAGUUUCCAGGAGAAUAUCUUCUGCUUAUAAUCUCUCUGUUUUGCUGAUCUCAGACAACAAGCUUUCUGGGAACAUACCUAUGGAGAUUGGUUUUCUUGGCAAUUUAGUUGAAUUUUCUGCAAGUAAUAAUUUGUUUACGGGUCCAAUUCCAGGAAGCCUGGUAAAUUUGAAUGUGUUAAGUAGUCUUGUCCUUAAUGGUAAUGAAUUAUCUGGUGAGUUCCCCACGGAAAUUCAAGGUUGGAAGAGUUUAAACGAGCUUAAUUUGGCGAACAAUAAGCUAUCUGGUCCCAUCCCAGAUGAAAUUGGGAACUUGCCAGUACUUAAUUACCUUGAUCUUUCUGGGAAUUACUUUUCUGGGAAAAUCCCACCGGCCUUGCAGAAACUGAAGCUCAAUUUGUUAAACUUAUCAAAUAAUAUGCUUUCGGGAGAGUUACCCCCUCUUUUUGCCAGGGAGAUCUAUAAGAAGAGCUUCGGGGGGAAUCCAGGAUUGUGCAAUGGCUUGGAGGGUCUUUGUCCGAAGAUGGGUGAGUCUAGGAAGCUGCGCUACUUAUGGCUUCUUAGGUCGAUUUUCAUACUUGCUGGUUUAGUUUUUGUUGUUGGCGUUGUUUGGUUCUACUUCAAGUACCGGAAUUUCAACAAAGGUAAGAAAGGGAUUACAAUAUCCAAGUGGAGGUCUUUCCAUAAGCUUGGUUUUAGUGAAUUUGAGAUUACUGAUUGCCUUAAGGAAGAUAAUGUGAUUGGAACUGGAGCUUCUGGGAAAGUAUACAAGGUUGUGCUUAGUAAUGGUGAGACAGUAGCGGUAAAGAAACUAAGGGGAGAGAGCAAGCAAGAGGAUGCUAGUGCCAAUUACGACAAAGACGAAUUCGAAGUAGAGGUCGAAACUUUGGGAAGGAUCAGGCACAAGAAUAUUGUGAGAUUAUGGUGUUGCUGCAAUACUGGGGACUGCAAGCUUCUGGUUUACGAGUAUAUGCCAAAUGGGAGCUUAGGUGACUUGUUGCAUGGUAGUAAGGGUGGCUUGUUGGAUUGGCCAACAAGGUACAAGAUAGCUUUAGAUGCAGCAGAGGGUUUAUCUUACCUGCACCAUGAUUGUGUUCCUCCAAUUGUUCAUCGGGAUGUGAAGUCGAACAACAUAUUGUUAGAUGGAGAGUUUGGUGCUAGAAUCGCAGAUUUUGGAGUUGCUAAAGCUGUACAAGGAAUUAACAAGGGAACAGAAUCCAUGUCUGUGAUUGCUGGUUCUUGUGGUUACCUUGCACCAGAAUAUGCCUAUACUGUCAGGGUGAAUGAGAAGAGUGACAUCUACAGUUUUGGAGUCGUCAUAUUAGAGUUGGUAACAGGCAGGCUGCCCAUAGAUCCAGAGUUUGGAGAGAAAGACUUGGUGAAAUGGGUUUACACCACCUUAGACCAAAAGGGAGUGGAUCAUGUAAUUGAUCCCAAUCUUGAUUCCAGUUUCCAGGAUGAAAUUUGCAGGGUUCUUAAUGUUGGUCUCAAAUGCACUAGCUCACUUCCUGUCAGCCGGCCUUCUAUGCGAAGAGUGGUGAACAUGCUGCAAGAGGCUAGCGUAGAGAGCAAGCUUAAAUCCAACAAGAAGGAUGGGAAGCUCUCGCCAUAUUACCAUGAAAAAGCCUGUGAUGAUGUAGGGAAUGAUUGAUGCAAUGACAUGAGAUAUUAUAAAUGUCUCCACAUGCUCUCUUUGAACCACAGAUUAAGACAUGAAAGCUAGUAAUUAUUAGUGCCUGCUAUUUUAGUUGCUGCCCUCUUCUUUAGUUAGGCAAUUGUAGUAACAUGAAACAUGAAACUUGUCAAGAAAUGAAACCCAUUUCCAUUUAGCAACAACUUUUAUACAAAGAGUACCAUUAAUCCAAAAUUUGAAAUGAUUCAAUAUAUUGUAAUUUUAACCUUC